AUGGCUGCAUGUCCAACAACCUCACUGGGCAUCACCAGACUCGAUACCGCCGGCCGCUACCCACCAACCAACCCCGGAACUUUCGAGAUGUUGCUAGGCAAAGCUGACGCGGCGGGACAGGGCUUCACCAUCGACACGAAGAUCCUCUGCGUUGGUGAUGCUUCAGGCUCGCUCCAGCCUGCCGCCAUCGAGAAAUCACUGAAGGAGAGUUACGAGAGAUUGGGGAUGCAUGAUGCCCCGGCUAAUUCGGUCAACGUGCUGUACUGCCACAUGCCCGGCCUCCAGACUCCUCUAGAGGCGCAAGCUGCCGGUCUAGAUGCUCAGUAUAAGAGGGGGUUGUUUAAGAAGCUCGGAGUAUCCAACUUCUCUCCAGAUAUGCUGACCGAGUUCAUCGAAAUAUGCGAGCGCAAAGGCUACGUCAAACCGAGCGUCUACCAGGGCCAGUAUAACCUCAUCUGUCGUGGAGUAGAGGAGACAUUGUUUCCAGUUCUUCGCAAGAAUGGGAUAUCAUUCAAUGCGUUUAGCCCCCUAGCCGGCGGUUUUCUUACGGGCCAGUUCACUGCCGGACAGACCCAGGGCACUCGCUUUGAAGAAGGAAACGUCAUGGGUCAAUUCUUCCGGGCUCAGUACGACAAGAAGGAAAUGCAUGAUGCCAUUGCUCGUGUCAGGGAGACGAUCGAGCCCUUGGAUAUCUCCAAUGCGGAGGCGAGCUUGCGGUGGAUCUACCACCACUCGAGUCUCGGGCUUGGUGACGGCGUCAUUCUUGGUGCGAGCAGGCCGUCGCAGCUCGAGCAAAACCUGGCGGGUAUUGCCAAAGGACCACUCCCUGCCCAUGUUGUCGCUGCUAUAGAUGACAUCUGGAACUCCAUUUCUAAGUAG